AUGCAUGACAAAAAGGUCUUGUCGACGUUCUUAGACCAAGAGAAGAAGGUUAUCACCUUGAGUGGUGGUUUUCAACAACGACCUGCUGGCACUAAGGCCAUUACCACGGUUAGCCGUAUUUGCCACCCACUCCCUAAGGCUUCCCCAGUGGAGUCACCAUCUAUCGCCGUCAUUCCCUCUCUCUCCUGGAAUAGACGCCUCGUGGUAUUUUUUGGGGCUUUGAGAGGGAAGUGA